AUGCGAACAAUCGCUGAUGUCGGUGACUAUCGCUUCUCAACUUGCCACGUGAAUGCCUCUAUUGAGGAGGUGUACAGAACAGACGUACAAAGGCUGGUUGAUGCCGCUGUUGGUGGCAUUGACGGGGUUAGAAUGGUCGAAGUGGCUGAUGAGAAAAUACGAGAUGCCCUCGGGCAAGCGAAUCGAUCAGGAAGUCCUAUCUGCAACAUAGUAGAGAAUUAUGAACAAUACAACAGCCCGGACUAA